GAGCGCCGGCCAACGGCGUGUCCGACGAAACCUGUGACGACGCCAGGACACGGCGGAGACGAAGGCAAGCUGCGGCGAGGACGAACACAUCGCAGCAGCACGCCAAGCACCAAACCGAGGAACGGACGGCUGCCGGAGGUGACGCCACCUGCUCCUUCGCUGCAGCUUUGUACGUCGCACCAACAACCCGACCAGGGAACGGAGGGCUCCCGGCCCUGCAUGGACCCAGGCACCUGCAGCCCCGAGGCAGGAGCGAGCCAGGGAGACGCCGGGACAGGUGACAGGCAGGAGGAGAGCCCAGAGAGGGGGGGCACGUCCCCCAGGCAGGAGACAGAGCAGGAGCGCGGCGGCGGUGCCGGGGCGGCACGGUCGCGUCCCAACACCUGCGAGGCGUGCGGGAAGAGCUUCAGCCUGCGCUCCAACCUGCUGACCCACCGCCGCAGCCACCUGGGCGAGCGGCCCUACGCCUGCCCCGAGUGCGGGCGCUGCUUCGGGCAGAGCUCCCACCUCCUCACCCACCAGCGGCUGCACACGGGCGAGCGGCCCUACCGCUGCCCCGACUGCAGCGAGAGCUUCCGGGACUGCCCCUCGCUCACCAUCCACCGGCGCGCCCACACCGGCGAGCGGCCCUACCCCUGCCCGGCGUGCGGCAAGGCCUUCGCUGACAGCUCGCUGCUGGCCAAGCACCAGCGCACGCACCGCGCCGAGAAGUCCUUCGCCUGCCCCGAUUGCGGCAAGAGCUUCUCCACCAGCUCUUACCUGCUGCGGCACCGGCGCACCCACCUGCCCGAGAAGCCCUACCGCUGCGGGGAGUGUGGCCGGGGCUACAGCCAGUUUGCCCACCUCACCACCCACCAGCGGGUGCACACCGGCGAGCGGCCCUACGUCUGCCCCGAGUGCCGCAAGAGCUUCACCACCAGCUCGGCGCUCACCAAGCACAAGCGUGUCCACACCGGCGAGCGGCCCUACGUCUGCCCCGACUGCGGCAAGAGCUUCACCCAGAGCUCCAACGUCAUCACCCACCAGCGGCUGCACACGGGGGAGAAGCCCUACAAGUGCCUGGACUGCGGGAAGAGCUUCACUCGCAGCUCGAACCGCAAUGCCCACCAGCGCAUCCACAGCGGAGACAGGCCCUACAAGUGCCCCGACUGCGGGAAGAGCUUCGGCCAGAGCUCGGACCUGGCGAAGCACCAGCGGCUGCACGCUGGCGAGCGGCCCCACAACUCCACCAACUGCGGCAAGAGCUUCUUCGAGAGCUCGGCCCUGAUCCGCCACCAGCGCAUACACACCGGGGAGACCCCCUACCAGUGCCCCCACUGCGGGAAGAGCUUCAAGCAGAGCUCGUCCCUCAUCACCCACCUGCGCACCCACACCGGGGAGAAGCCCUACAAGUGCAGCGACUGCAGCAAGAGCUUCAUCGUCAGCUCAGCCCUCAUCAGGCACCAGCGGAUCCACCUGGGAUAGGCACCUGCCACUGCUACUCCUCCAGGUGCCCAGCCCCGCUGCUUUCGGGGGGCCGAGCCAGACAGAGCCGGAG